GAGUGUAGUUGGGGAGCUGUGUAUAAAAUUCAAAAUAAAUAUGACAAUAAGAUAUAUGCUAUUAAAAUUCAAGAGCUCAAUGAUGAAUUAUUUAAUCCAAAUGAAUACGUAAAUUCUAUUCCAUUUGAAGAGGCAAAGAAUUUAUUAUUAGUUAAAUCGGAAUAUGUUGUCCAAUAUUACGACUCAUGGCGUGAAGGGAAUUGUGUUUAUAUUCAAAUGGAGUUAUGUUCACAAAGUCUUCGCAAUAUUUUAGAAAUAAAACCAAAAGUAUUUGAUCGACAAAUAGGACAUCCCAUGGAUUGCGUCGAGUAUUUCAUUUCGUGUGAAAUAUUCCGUCAGAUCUUAGAAAGUGUUCAGUAUUUGCAUGAAUUUAAUCCACAGAUCAUUCACAGAGACGUCAGACCCGAAAAUAUAUUCAUUUCUAAAGAAGUAACGAACGGCAGAUUUAUAAAGUUAGGUGACUUUCAUUUCGCAACACAUCACGACAAACGCGUUCACUUCAGUACUAAACGGAAACAUGAUCGAGAUCGGGGAAAACCAAAUUAUACGGCACCAGAAGUAUAUCUGGGGGAGGAAUACGGCAUUAAGGCAGAUGUUUAUAGUUUGUCAAUAACUGGCGGCGAAUUGUUUGAAGUGGAUUUGCGCAUGAUUAAUCUUCAUGAGUAUGAUCCAAUUAAUGAU